UGGCGUUACUGGGAACUGUUCUCAGUACUGUGGAAGCUCUGGUAUGCAGGCUGACAGGAGAAGCCUGGCAGAACCGGGAUUACUGUCAUUCUGGUCCUCAUGAUACCAGGGAGUGUGAACCGCAUGCUGGAUACACACAACCCGGUGACGCCAACAUGUGUUACACACAGAGUCAACAGAGCACAGUCCCUUGUCUGAGUGAGCACGACUUAUCCAAGCUGGUCAGUAUAUCUCCUCUGUUCAAGACCCUGCAGGAGAUCCAGCAGUCUUUACACAGCCUCUCACCAGCUGAGCCUACUCAGCAUCUCCACCAUGCUGUAGAGCCGUCUGUCCAGGAGAGCUACAACGGGAAACUCAUCCCAACUGCUCUGGACAACCUCUCCCCUCAGCAUGCUGCAGUGUUUCUCUUUGGUUGCCAGGUGAUGCGGUUGCUCGAGAAAUGCCCCCAGUUCCCCUCUGUGCUUCUGCUACUGGCCAAGUCGAUCCCAGUCGCUUCAUUGUCCACUAAUGAGGCCACGCUGGCCCAUUGCUCUGGGGACUUUUACUUUGACGCGACCAAUCAAAUCCUGUAUCUGUCAGAGGCAAAGCUUCAGCACGUGGGGCAUUUUAUCGGCGUCCUUCUGCAGUCCAUGGCCCACAUUGUGUCAGCAUCAACACGUCAGAGCUUUAUGCAAGCGCUGCAUGAGGCCGUUUCCGCUCUGAGCCUUCAGAUGUUUAACGUCUCUUUCAAAUGGAGCUCGGAGGAGUCAAAAUUCGGCGCUUCAGAGGAACAGCACGGUGCAUUAGUUACAGACUUUCUCAACGCCAGAGUUCCAGCUGAGGUGCAUUUCACUGAGCACCUGUUAGCUCGCAGACUUGAGAAAUACAAGUAUUUCAAGUUAGAGCAGCUCAUCUUCAACCUCGGACGGUGUUCAACUGAGGACACAGACACAGGUUUGCCACCAAAAGGGACGCCGAAACAGAUAUCGUGUGUCGAAGAAGAAAUCGACCGCUUGAACGAGUCCUUCCUGCAGCUCAGCAUGCAGCUACAGCAGAGAGCUCCAAUGAGCAGAUGGCAAAAGGAGACACAGAGUGCUGGGAACCAUUCUGCGGGGGCCACACCAACAAGCAGCGAGCCAAGCCUGAGUCGUAGUGGAACAAUGCUGCUGGAGCUGAAGAGACGCCAUGUAUCACAGCGUCUCAAUGAGCUCCAGCUCACAUUAGGUCGGAUCAGACAGCGCCAGCAGCGUGGCAGCGAGUCAAGAGAUGGGACAGGAGGCCGUAAACAAACAGACAGCAGCAGCGGCAGCACUCGGCCGGGACAGAGGGAGCAGUAUCCUGGCAGAGAUGGCUGCAGUCCCGCCGACGGCCAGCAGCAGGGCGGUGCUCCAGCGAGCCGGAGUCACAGCCAGGAAAACAUACAGGGCCGAGCUCUCGGUAACUAUAAAGUGGAGAGUCAUAUAUCCCACCCGCAGAGGAGUAACAACCCUGAAAUGUUGCCGGACUGCCAGAUGCUUGAGAGCCAAGAUCAGCCGCUUGUGACCGUGCCAGGAAAACAGGAGCUAAACGGUCAGAUCCCAUUGGAAAAUACAACUGGACACACGGACAGUGAUGACAUGUGGGCGCCCGCUGAUCAGAGACCGGAUCGGAAUGUGGACAAAUGCUAAGAAGAAUUAGUUGCAUCAAGAAUUAUCUGACCAUUAUUCCUCCGCUCCCGGCCUUGUGCUCGAAAUCUGUGUACACUGUAAUAUUCUGUCGUGUUUGACCAUCAGAGCCGGAGUCUUUUUAAUUAUCUGUGAUCCAGGACAGAAAUAAUUUCUGGCAACAAGCAGUGUGGCGUGACACCCUCUGUCAUCUUGUCCAAAUAGUUUCUCGGUCGGGAGUUAAUUCCGGCCUCAAACACAGGCUCUGUUCAUUACCAUAUUCUAAUUAAGAUAAUAAACUCCAGCUCACUGAACACAAGGUGACAGUUGUGCGUCUGUGCUUACACCAACCUCCCCCUUGUGUAGAGGCGACAACCCUUAUGUCUUCAUGAAUAUUUAAUAUUGAACGACAAUAAUUCUCGAACCCUCCUCCUCUCAGGUCCUCUAACCUGUCGUUUGUCAU